CUGAAGCUACUGAAGAACACUGACCACUGAAGAAGAAGAAGAAGAAGAAAAUCUAAUCCUGCUGAAGACGAUCAUCGUGAAGAUGAUGCUGACUGUGUCUCUACUUGUCUGUGCCAUGAUGGCUCUGACCGGCACUGCUGUGGACAGUCACAUCAUCAAGCGCUCAACAACUUGUCCAGUUGGUUGGACCGCUUUCAAGGAUCGUUGCUUCAACUACAUUCCUUCGCCCAUGUCUUGGCCUCAUGCUGAGAGAACUUGUCAAAGUCAGGGCGGACACCUUGCAUCAGUGCACAGCUUUGAGGAGCAUCGUGUGAUUCAGGUUAUGAUCCUGCGUCAGACACAUUCCUAUCCACUCACUUGGCUUGGAGGCUACGAUAUAGCACGGGAUCGUACCUGGUUCUGGAGUGAUGGUUCACCUUUUAACUUCUACUACUGGCAUGUCGGAGAGCCGAAUUAUUCUGCAGGGACAAGCUGUCUGUUGAUGAACUUCGGAGAUCCGAAGAAAUUGGACGAUCAGUCUUGCUCUUACAGAAGGCCGUUUGUCUGCGCCAAAAAGCCGUGAGGACGACAGAGAAACAUGCAGUACAUGACUUCAGGAUUUUUGUCUUUUAUGCCUUUCACUCUCCAG